AUGUGCGUCAAGCCUAACCCGUGUCCGUUUCCAGUCGAAUUCGUGAUGUCCAAGAAGGGCAGGAGCCUGGUGAAGCUGAAAGGGUACACGUAUUACUCGGCGAGGAGGACGGGGCCCAAGGUGCAAUGGAGGUGCUCAACCAAUCACCGCUCCAACUGCAACGCGGUCCUAUACACCGUGGAUAACAAAAUUGUUACAAUUAAGAAGAGACACAACCACGCGCCCCUAGAAACGGAGUACAUAACGUCACAGAAGGGCAGGCCGCUGAUAAGACUGAACGGCUUCACGUAUUGCUCCACUCGGGCCAAGGGCCCCAAAGUGAGGUGGCGUUGCUCCACUCACUAUCCGCAAGGCUGCCGCGCCGCCAUCGUCACAGUUGAAGACGAGAUAUUGACUAUAAACCAGGAUCACACUCAUGAAGCA